UCGAUUGUUACGUGUCGCUUUUGUUACAAAGAAAAUCGAGAAAAAAUGGCUCGUUUGACAGUCUUUUUUGGUCUGAUGUUAAUUUUGAGUUGCGAGACAAUUUGUUCCUCUGCUCUUACCACAUUUUUCUUGGAAGACAAACUGCAAGAAUUGGAAGUGAGACUAGAAGCCAAAAUUGAAGCUAAAAAUGCUCAACUUGAAACAAAAGUGACGCAACUGGAGGCGCAACUCAAACUAAAUAAUAAACUAAGACAAGAUUUGGCAUUGAAAGUAAUUCAAUUAGAGGCCAAAAAUGUCCAACUAGAAGUCAAAAUUGGAAAACUGGAGACCAAAGUUGAACAACAAGAUUCGCUUUUAACUUCCCUUUUACGAGAGAAAAAUGAACGCAGAGCAGCAGCAUCGACCGACUCUGUUCGUCCAAUUGGCAAUAAUCAAUCAACUGUUUCCAUCAACGGACUGCCGUCUUCAUGCGGGGAUCUGGCGCUGAUUGGCCAUACCCUUAGCGGAAUUUAUUCUGUCAUGGGAUCGGCGAAAAUGGAAUCCGUUUUCUGCGAUUUCACUAAACUUCCUGACGAUGCGGGUUUUCAAAAAUGGAUAGGAUACGCCGACGUCAAAUCGGCGCCCGUCCAUUUCUACGUCCAGAGAAAUUCUUCAUUUUCCGACGAAUUCACUCCGAUUCCGUUCCAGUUGGCGGUAGUGAACGAAGGAAACGCCAUGAAUUUGACAUCGGGGAAAUUCACGGCACCGCGGCCGGGAAUUUAUUUUUUCUCUUUCGCGGGAGUGGCGCGUCUUUCUUCUUCAUCUGCUGUAGAUUUUUAUUCUGAACUUUAUUUGAACGGGAAUCGAAUCGGGUCGAGUCAUGUUUACGAGAAUAACCCCCCCGUUCUUCAAUAUAGUCCGUUGUCCCUCCAGUCGACGCUGAACUUGAAAAAAGACGAUCAACUCUGGGUGACGAUUACUUAUUCUGCUGGUUCAGACUCGUCUUUGUAUGACAGCGGCAUCCACCGGACCCAUUUCACGGGUUUCAUGUUGGAGGAGGAAAUUGUGGCGGCCCUUUGAGGUUCAUGAAACAUUUUCGACCCAAACAUUUUUGUUUAAUGUCGACACGCAAUUUUGGGGAGGGGGGAGAAGGGGGAGAGAGAGGGAAUUUAAAGGGGGAGAGAGAGAGAGAAGAAAAUUAUUUUGAUUUCAACUCGUUAAGGGGUGGGCAUUUCUUUACAGAAAUCGAACUGUUUAUGCAACUAGACUUACGGAAUACACACACCAAUUGUCAAGUUUCUAUCU